AUGGCCGCGCCGGCCCCCCGCCUCAUUUCUGUCUUCUCGAGCCCGCAGGAGCUGGCUGCGUCGCUGGCCCAACUGGUGGUGCAGCAGGCAGCAAGCUGCCUGGCGGAUGCCGGCGCCCGCUUCAUGCUCGGCUUGUCCGGCGGCAGCCUUGUCUCCAUGCUGGCGCGCGAGCUGCCCGCUGCCGCCGCCCCCGCUGGACCCGCUAGCCUCGCGCGCUGGACGCUGGGCUUCUGCGACGAGCGUCUCGUGCCCUUCGAGCACGCCGAGAGCACGUACGGCCUCUACCGGACCCACCUGCUCUCCAAGCUCCCUAUCUUCGACAGCCAGGUGAUCACCAUCAACCCCGAGCUGCCUGUGGAGGAGGCGGCUGAAGACUAUGCCAAGAAGCUGAGACAGGCCUUCCAAGGGGACUCCAUCCCGGUUUUUGACCUGCUGAUUCUGGGUGUGGGUCCUGAUGGCCACACCUGCUCACUCUUCCCAGACCACCCCCUCCUGCAGGAGCGGGAGAAAAUUGUGGCCCCCAUCAGUGACUCCCCGAAACCACCUCCGCAGCGCGUGACUCUCACUCUUCCUGUGCUGAACGCAGCCCGAACGGUCAUCUUUGUGGCGACAGGAGAAGGCAAGGCAGCUAUUCUGAAGCGCAUCUUGGAGGACAAGGAGAACCCGCUCCCCGCCGCACUGGUCCAGCCCAGCACUGGGAAACUUCGCUGGUUUCUAGACGAGGCAGCAGCCCGGCUCCUGACCGUGCCCUUCGAGAAGCAUUCCACUCUGUAA